AUGGACAAGUUAGCCCACAUUCAAGAGGUUCCUACAGCGCAAACUGCGAGCGAGGGGCACAUCAAAGAACAGGAGGAGACAGAAGACACGGAGUUACAACAGGAUGAACAAGAGGACGAGAUACUGAAGAAAAAGUACCAUGGGGACAAGAAAACGCACGGCGUCAUCUCACUUACCGGGCAUCCGGCAAAGGAGGGAGGGGUAGCCUGUUGGCUUCUUGGUAAUGCGAGCCAUACGGAUCAAACAGUGAACAAGACGCCCGGCAAAGAAGAUAAGACAGAAGACAUGGGGUGCCAGAAGGAUGGAAAAGAGGACGACCUAUUGCAGGAAAUGCACAAUGAGAACACAGAAAAGUACGGCGUAAUCAAAGCAGCGCAUUAUCCCACAAACGAGACUGACAACAGCGGGGAGCAGACAGCAGACACAAAAUGUCAGAAGGACGCUCUGAGCGAGGAAACAUGCCAGAUAAACUGUACCCAGCCUGAGGAUAUGCAGGUCCGUAUAGGACAGGUGGAAAUGGACAACAUGGUGGAUCAGACAAAAGACACAGGACGGCAGCAGGACGUUGUAACUGAGAAAACACUCGAUUCAAACUGUCCCGAAACUGACAAAGUGGUCCCGCCGCCACAAGCAUCUUUACAGAGCCAUAUCGUACAAGAUUUCAGCCAUCCUGCUAAACAUACCUUCAUCUGUUGGAAGUGCGGUCACCGGUCGGCUACUAGGAGUCGCAUGUUCAAACACAUGACAACGCAUAUCACCGAGAAACCCUACAAAUGUGAGCAGUGCGACUAUUCUGCUUCACACAAAGACAACCUACGCCAACACCUCAAAAUAAAACACGGUGAGAAAGUCCACAUAUGUAAAGAGUGCGGAUACAGAGCAUCUACCAUCGGUCGGCUGAAUGAACAUAUCAGAACCCACACAGGCGAGAAACCCUACCUUUGCGACGAAUGCGGGUACAACUUCACUACAAGACGGCUUUUGGGUCUGACCUAA